GGAGGAGGAGGUUGCGCGCCAUUUUUCGCACUCUCCGGCGACGGCGCCUGCACGCCCCGGACCGCGCCACGGCCACGGCCACGGCCUGGGGGCCCCGGGACGAGCGGACAGCACGCCCUCGCACCUCCGGGGGAGCUGGGCCGCGCCUCGCGGCUGGAGGCUGCGCCAUCGGCGCGGAUGCAACGUGGGUGCGGGCCGUCGGACCCGGAAAGGGGGCCCCCCUUCGAGCGGGGGCCCCCACCCGACCGCACGCGCCCAGAGUCGAGGGAGGAAGAGCCACCCCGACCCCAACAACUGUACGACGUGCUCCUUACGGCAGCACGAUGACUGCAGGCACGGAUGCGGGCUGUCACCUCGCAAAGGAUGUUGUACAGAGCCUCCUGGCCUCGCCUCAACCGAGGAAGGGCGUGUACACCUUGCCAGGGCACAUGAUUGACCUGGCCAGGCAUGGCCGCGGUGUGCAGGUGUCUCCCGUGCUUGCUCCGCCGCUCCUCCGCACUCGGGCUCGGACAAGACGUCGCCCUGGUCGUGAGGUGGAGAGGUGCGGCCGCUCGAGCGCGCCGCUUCUGGCCUGCGAGCCGUGGUGGCUGGCCUCUGGCGGAACUACCUGCCGGGCCCAGCCCUGGUCUGCAGGGGCUCAAGGCCUCGAACGAGAACUCCGUGGGGCUCGGCAAAGCGAAACUGCGCUUCGAGCCAUGGCUGGUGUCGUCAGGAAGUUCAUGC